AUGAGCUGUGGUCAACGUUGCGGUUCCGAAUUCAAACGACCCAUGUUUGACAUUGAAGAAAAUGAGGGAAGUCUUGAUAUCAAUGCCAGCUUUCAUAUUGGCAAGGGAUUGCUAUCCGUGGUGGGAAUCAUCAAGUUUAUCACCUUUGCAAUUGCUGUGGUUUCCUUGGUGUACUCCUUUACGGUAAUCGAAAUUCCAUCCUUUUAUCCUGCCUUUCUCACACCGUGGACAGUCUUUUUUGGGAUUCUUCAGCUGGGAGGAUCAUGGAUACUGACUGCCUUUUACUCCAAAGAUGGCAGCAUAUACAAUCCUCAGAAUAAAAACGUCUUGGUCAAAAUUACCUGGCUGUUGUAUUCGGUGGCCGGAGUCAUUGGAUGCUGCAUUACCAUUUUAUUUUGGGGGGCAGUCUACGAUCCAGACAAUCCCAGCAAUGAUAUGUUCGACAAGAUCAUGACGCAUGGGGGAGUUGUCGCUAUUGUCUUGCUACAAGGCAAUCUAUUGGAUAGGGUGCCGAUGCGACUCAAACAUAUUGCGUUUAGUGAUGGAUUGGCUGUCAUUUUCAGUAUUUGGUUGGCACUUCAAAACACGGUUAUUAAAUACAAUCCGAAUAUUGACGAUGACGACGAUGCUAUCUAUGAUGCCAUGAAGUGGAGGACAGAGACUACCUCAGCCAUUAUUCAGACGGUUUUGGUUAUAGUUCUAGUAGUCCCACUCUUUCAAACAAUUCUUUGGGCUGUUUCCCUUCCAAAAAGACGAUACUUGGUUGAGGAGGUCUACGAUGUCGACAAGGGAGAAGUACAAGAGAAACCUGCUGACCAAGAGGAGGGACAUGUAUAG